AUGGACUCCAUUAUCCAUAUCAGAGCUUCGAAAAAUGAUACGGGCAAAAACGAUUGCCCUAUCCAAUCCCUUGAUGAGAAUGCCACCCAAAUGUUCAUUGGCGGCAUGUCCUUUUACAAGUUCAACAUGAUUUUAUCGGGAAGCUUUGCUGCAGCAUCAUGUCUCAUCAUCUUUGUUCACAUGUUCCUUCACGCAACGCAUCUCAGCAAAAAGAACGAACAAAUCAAAAUUCUCCGGAUCUCCUUGAUCAUACCAUUUUGGUCAAUCAUUUCUUUCCUAUCGAUUUGCUUCCCGGCAGCUCAGGUGUACCUUGAACCGUGGCUGGAAGUCGUUCAAGCUGUCUGCUUAGGCACCUUCUUUCUUCUGAUGUGCGAAUUCGUCUCGCCCAGCGAGCAGCACCGAGAUGUCUUCUUCGCUGCUCUGACGGUGAAGGACAAGAAAUCAGAGACCGGGACUCAGGAUGGACUUCAAUGGUUCCAGCGGAUGUGGUUUUCGAUCUUCCAAUACCCGGUCGUCGCACUCCUGGUUGCCAUCCUCACAGCCAUUACCCAAGCUGCGGGAGUUUACUGUGAAUUUGCAAGCAAGGCGCACUUCGCCAAGAUUUGGCUCUCCAUCAUCGGCAGUGUUUCUCUCACAAUUGCCAUUAUGACGGUUAUUCGUUUCUAUGUGCGGUUGAAGUCCGACCUCGCCCACCACCAGCCACUGGCCAAGUUCCUCUCGUUCAAGUUGGUUGUGUCUUUGACCUUCCUUGAGAACAUCAUUUUCUGGAUCCUGAGAGACGUCAACGUUCUGAACCCAACCCCUAUGCUGACAUGGGCGGACCUCAACAUCGGUAUUCCGUCAAUGCUCAUCUGCAUUGAGAUGUUCCCGUUGUCGAUCUUCUUCCACUACGCCUACUCUUACCGCCCUUAUGUCAUUGGAAGCGGACGCAGCCGUCGUCCUAUCGCCGGCGACCUCGAGGCAUACGAGCCUCAAACCUACUCCGGCGGUCCUCUGGGUUUCUGGGCAUUGAUCGAGCUUUGGAACCCCAUGGAGAUUGUGGAGGCUAUCAGGUUCGGUCUGCACAUGAAGGCAGAGCAAAGGAGGCAGAAGAAUGCGCAGAAGGGAUUCCCUAUGACGGCCUAUCAACAGGUUCAGAAUGGUCAAGAGGACAUGUAUGGAAGACACUAG